AUGCGCCCCUCUGGAGGACCCCUGUUGGUGAGGCCCGUGGGCUGCUGCCGUCCCACAGGGCCUCCCCAAGUUUUGAGGUUGAGGAGGGAUGAGGUUUGGUUGAGGGGGUUUAGUAGAGAGUCGGAGCAGACUAAUCCGAAUUCAUCUUCUUUCGACUUGUGUGUGUCGUUUUUUUGGUACAAUGGCUCAUCUUUAUUUUGUGUGGUACCUCUGCAAGACACGGUGGAUAUGGGGGCCGAUUGGCCUUCCACAGGCUUUCUUGAACGAUGGCGGCCUCUGUUGAUGUGGCGUUCGCAAUACUUUUGGUCGGCAACAACUUCCUUUGAGCACCGCCAUUUCUUCCCGUCUGUCCUCCGGCAUCGACCGGGCUCCGGGUCUAAACCACCCCAUCCCACUAACCAGCCUUCAAGGUUGAUUUUGUCCUGCAAUACAAGGAGUGACACCCGAUCUGAAGCCCGGAAAGCCCAGAAAGCCGACGGACUCGAAAGCUUUGCGUAUGGGUUUGAGAAGAUAAGAAGGUUUGAUGCUCAAGCUCCAUCCACUGUGAUGGUGUAA